CAAAAAGGUAUGGAAAUUUACCGUAAAAACUACACUCCUGUUGGAGUGCCGAAACCGAAAAAACCAGAGCUUGCAAAUAACUGUCGACCGUUUCUCGUUGUCUGCAAAUAAGUGUCUCUUUCUGACUCUUUACGAAAAGACUCAGAGAGCAACCGUUUCAUGGGUUCUUUAAUGUGCUCGCUCGCGCUCAGAGCGAAACCGAUUUUUUGUAUUCUGUUUUGUUUCGGUUGUUGCAAGACCGUUUUGUCGUUUUCAGCGAAGCAAAAAGUCUUUUGCGUAUGUAUUGGUAUACAUUUACACGCAUAGGCAAGCAAAUCGUUAGAUGUUUAAUUGCGAUCGUGUAUUGAGUGUGUUAAGUUGCGUUGUUUAACUGUGUUAACUAAUUAUUUUUGUAAAAUGGGAAGAGACAGUAACAAAAAUGUGCACCAAUUUUUUAAAUUCAAUUCGGUCGAAAAGAAAUCGAUGUGUAAUGUUUGCGGAAUUAAAUUGUCCGGGAAUCAUUCCACAAAUUUAAGACGCCAUCUAACAACGAAGCAUAUGGACAUUUUCAACGAGUGGAAUAAUUCUGGAUCUACAAAGUUAACAGACAGCGAAGAAAAACGAAAAUAUCGUAUCAAACGAGUGAACAAGCAAUUGUUUCUUCCUUGAUAAAAAUUGUAACCACAGACGGAAAACCAUUCAAAUUUCUAGACAGUGAAGGGUUCAACGAAAUAAUGGAUCCAAUAUAUAAUGCACUUGGCAUGAACCCUGUAACGUCUAGAAAUAUUAUGAAUUUUGUGUCAAUCAAAGAACAGUUUGUUAAAGAAAAUAUAAGGGCACUUGCGAAGGGAAAGAUGGUGUCGCUGAAAAUCGACGUUGCCACCAGAAUGAAUAAAGCCAUUCUAGGCAUCAAUUUGCAAAUGAUCCAUGCAAGCCUGGCUAAAACCGAGAUUGUUGUGAAGACCUUGGGCAUGAUUGAGCUCGGGGAAUCUCACACUGGAGUAUAUAUAAAAACAAAAAUUCUUCAAAUCUUAGAUGAUUAUGGCAUAUCCCUUGAUCAGAUUUACAGCAUUACGUCUGAUAAUGGACGAAACAUGAUAAAAGUCGUCCAGGUAUUAAAUGAUGCGACAGAGGAAUCCCUUUUUGAAGAAGACAUAGAAAGUGAGAAUCUUCUGAAAGAACUGGAUUCUAUUGAACUGGCUAAUAUACACCUAGUGAGAUGUGCAGCACACACUCUGCAACUGUGCGUAUUUGAUGUAAACAAAACAAAGGAGAUCGCCGAUAGAAUAAGUGCCUGUCGCACAUUAUGCAAAUCGCUGCGCACAGAAACAUAUAGGCACAAACACGAAAUGUUGCAGCGCUCGAAACUCCUGUGCAUGAAGAGAUGUUUGCUUCCACUGCCUCGUCAAUUUCAACCGCAUCCUCAUCUGAAGAGAAGUCCCUGUUCUCGGCAUUUUUGGACGAUUUUCAGACAGUUUCGGAAAACAAAGAAGAUCCAGUUUCUACAAAACUAUCCAAAAUUUAUGCUGACAUUGAAAACUUCGACGUAACAUUUGGUCGCUUGCCAUUAAAUUGCAACAUAUUGGAUUUUUUCAAUGAUUUGAAACUUAGGAUGCCGCAUAUAAGUGCACUAGCGCAGGUUGUGCUGGCUACACCUGCAACGCAAGUCUCCGUCGAACGGGCAUUCUCAGCCCUACAUUUUAUUUUAAGUGAACGAAGAAGUUCGAUUAGCGCAGAAAAUUUAAACUCCUUACUAGUUGUUAA